ACGUGCACACACGAGGACCCGAGCUGGGAGCUGCGGGGACGCGCCGCUGACUGUGAGUCCGGAGUGUUGAACAGGACAGCGAUGUACUGCGCUUAUCCUGUCCCCGGGACGGGGAACAACCCCAUGAUGUACUGCUACAACAUGAAGCCAGUUUAUGGACAAUGUCCUGACAAUGAGGACAUCAACCAGAACCCCACAUCACACCUCUCCCACAAGACCCCCGGCAACGUGUUCGCCAACACCUUUUUUGAGGGCACCGGCAACUCAGCCGACAUCUGGAACACGGCGAACGGUCUGAACCAACAGGGCUACGAAGGGGGGCAGCGAGGGGGGCUCACAUCCAGCCACACAGAGCACGGGAACUACAACAACAUGACGUCGCACAAUCACCUGGUCUACUCGACGCAGGCGGUGACGGAUAUGAACAGAGGCCUUCCCCCAAUGUCCACCUUCCACCGCUCGCACCCCCCUCGGACCUCCUCCUCCUCCGCCAGCCACUCAGAAAACUCCUCAGGAAACCAAGGCAGUCUGCCCCGAGGCUCGCAGACGGGUGACGCGCUGGGCAAAGCUCUGGCAUCUAUAUACUCUCCUGACCACACCAGCAGCAGUUUCCCCUCCAGCGCGUCCACGCCGGCCCGCUCUCCCUCCCCCCCGCCGGCCCCAUCCGAACCCUCAGGCCCCCACAUGCGGCCCUGGAACCCAGCCCAGUCCCCGGCCUCCCCUGCCUACGAGUCCUCCCUCAUAUCAAUGUCUCAGGUGGAGGACCGUCUGGACCGGCUGGAUGAUGUGAUCCACGUGCUGAGGAACCACGCUGUGGGCCCCACGGCCGGGCUGCCCGGGGACCUCCACGGCCUGCUGGGCCACGCCGGCCCCGGCCCCGCCGCCGCCUCACUGCCGGCCCCCAUGCAGCCGGCACCCGGCCACAACGCCGCCAUGGUGGAGGCGGUCACCAUGAACACCAACCACCAGAUGUUCCAAGGGCGGAUACAAAAUGGCCACCCAUACGCCGCGAGGCAGCGACUGGCGCUCCAGACGGUACAGGGGUGCGGCGGCAGAGGCAACCAGGAGCUGAAGCUGGAAGGUGUAGACAGGGAGGAGAUGAUGCACACCAACCACAGCUCAGACAGCCAGCGAUCAGACGAGGAGGGCGAACACAAGCUGCACGACGACAACAGCAUCCCGGCCAGCCUUCAUGAGGAUGAGGACCUGAGCCCCGAGCAGAAGGCGGAGCGCGAGCGCGAGCGGCGCAUGGCAAACAACGCCCGGGAGCGUCUGCGAGUGCGGGACAUCAACGAGGCCUUCAAGGAGCUGGGCCACAUGUGCCAACUGCACCUCAACAGCGAGAAGCCGCAGACCAAGCUGCUGGUGCUGCACCAGGCCGUGGCCGUUAUCCUCAGCCUGGAACAGCAAGUCAGGGAGAGGAACUUGAACCCCAAGGCAGCUUGUCUGCGGCGGAGGGAGGAGGAGAAGGCGUCUGCCGGCCUGACAGAGCAGCAGUCCAUGCACCUGGCCUUCCACCCUGGCCUCGCCGACACCGGCCACCCCAUGGGACGUCUCUGAGCACUGAUACACUACGCCCCUACAUCUCCACUCAUUCCUUUGUCUCCCCUCACUCCUACAGUCACUACACUCCAUGUCUCCCCUCACUCCUACAGUCACUACACUCCUACGUCUCCCCUGUCUCCUACUAUCACUCCACUCCAUGUCUCCAGUCACUACACACCUACGUGAUAUUUCCACUUACUCCUACAAUCACUACACAUCUUCAUUCCAUCCCACAGUCACACACGCGCACACACGCACUCUCACACACAGACACACACACACACACACACACACACACACACACACACACACACACACACACACACACACACACACACACACACACACACACACACACACACACACACACACACACACACACACACACACACACACACACACACACACACAAAACAUAAGCAACUAGGGAAUUAUAACCAGAACAAUAUGGCCCUGUUUAAAGAGCCAGUGAACUCAAAACUUUACUUUGUUUUAAAUGUGGUAAUUUGUUGCAUAUGGAGGUGAAGAUUUGUCUGAGCAGAGAUGUAUUUAAUGUCUGCGUCCGAGACAGGGUUAGGUUUCCCGGACACCUAUAGUAUAACGCUACGGUGUGUGGCGUAUUUCAUAUACAACAUCGCUUAUUAUGACACUCAUAACAGUUACACAACAAAGGUGAUAAAAAAGUAUCAUAAAGUUGCUGUAGGUCGUAACCAUGGGGAUAACACGCCCCCCUCUUUCCUAAAACGGAGCCCAAAACACAUUUUUUUUAAUCACAUAGCGUUGAAUUACAUCUGAAUCAGUGGGCUCACUGGCUCUUUGGAGGACAUUCAAUUGACCUUAUAGGUAAAUAAUGAACCAAACUAGUCUUAAGACAUGAGCAGAAUUUAGGUAUUGUUUUAUUUUCACCAAAUGAGUCAGUAUCCUAGUUUGACAUUGCAUUAAGAUUAUUUAUUCAUGAUACAUCUAUGUGGAUACCAAUAUAUAAAUGUCUUAUUUUGACAUUAUGAUGAUGAUGAUAUGAUUAUGUCUCUAAUAUGCAGAUUCCCACAGAGCAUACUUAGGAAGUAGCGGUCUGAGUAGAAGUCACUCUUGUGUCUUCUAAAGCAGCUCUGCAUUUAAUGCAAUUGAACAAUCGUCUGGUAUAAAGCGGACUUAUAACUUGUGCCUACACGUACUUGUAACAGACAAAUGCAUUGUAAACUGAAGAUGUUUUUGUACAUAUUUUCUAUUUAUUGAUUAUGCUUCUGUUUCAAUAUCUUAGACAAGAGUAGGGGAAACGGUCGCCCACUUUAAGUUUACGGAUACAAGUUUACAAUGUAUGAGUAUAUGUUCAAGCUCAGAGGAGUGGAGCCGCGCUGUGUGAGCAACGGAGUCGCCAUCAUCCGUCGUGCGUGGCUCAUGGGAACGCGACACUCCACCUGUGUGUUUGUGGUGUGUGCGAAAAUUGCAGGAGUUUGACCAUUCUGUGAAUGAACCCAGACAUCCGAGAAUGUUGUAACGUAGAGGCAUCGUAUAUCUUAACAGUGAUGUUCUAUGUGUGUUUGCUGCAACAUUGUGUUAUAGAUCUACGCCAGUUUGUACCUAAUGAUACACUGAUGGGUAGGACGGAGCACUUCGCAGUUUUCCCCCAUAUCGUUUUAAGUGUAAUUAUUGUUCUUACAAUUUAGUCUAUGCCCGGUUGCUAUUGCAUGUUCGUUUUUCUAUUACAUUGUUUCCAUUUUCUAAGUUAUGUAAGUUAUCUUUUAUACAAUCCUUCUUGUGAAAAGAUUAUGCACCAGAAUAUAGCUAUGUUCAAUGUUAACAGUAGUUUAAUGUUUUACGUUUAUAGCCCACCCUUUAAGCAUAUAAUUUUCCUACUUCAUUGAACUGCAUUUGUUUCUACUCAUCUCAUGCUAUCUGCUGAGCAAAAUAAAAACAGCCAAUAUGUGUACACUUUUAAGUAGCCCUAGGCAUGUGUCAAAAUUAUGUAGCAAUAAACGUCCUUUUCAAUAUG